AUGGCCACUCCAAUUGAGAUGGAAGAAUCCAACAACACUGAAAAGGAGGACGUACUCUGCCGGACAUGUUCAUCAGACAACGUGGCCAUCAAGAAAGACCUCGGUAUAGUAACAAUGGUUGCUGUAGGCUUCAAUAUCUGCAACAGUUGGGCUGGCCUAUUGGCAAGCACACAAGUUGCACUCGUUCAAGGCGGCCCUGCCACAUUGGUAUUCGGGCUCAUCUUCAGCUCCAUCCUGUACGUGUGUAUUGCUCUCAGCAUGGCGGAAUUAGCCAGCGUCUAUCCUACAGCAGGCGGACAGUACCAUUUUUCAUCUGUUCUAUCACCGAGUGGUUGCAACCGAGUCAUUUCAUAUGUCUGUGGUUUCCUGACUGUUUUCUCAUGGGUUGCUAUUGGCUCUGCUGUCGCGAUGAUCUUCAGCCAGCAAGUCCUUGCUCUCGCUCAGUUUUACAACCCGAGCUUGAUCCUGCACCCUUGGCAAUACUUUGUGAUAUAUCAGGCUUUUGGGGUCUUUGUCUUGCUGUACAAUAUUUUGGGCCUGAAGAGGCUGCCGCGAACCCACGAUGUUGGAUUUCUGGUGACUAUUGGCCUCUUCCUAGUCUCUGUUAUUCUGUUCAUCGUGCGACCGACUGAAAAAGCAAGCAAUGAGUUUGUAUGGACGACUUUUCUAAACUACACGGGCUGGCCAGAUGGAGUCUGCUUCCUAAGUGCCCAGUUGACCACUUGUUUCAUUUAUGCUGGGCUGGAUGGUGCGCUCCAUCUUGCUGAGGAUGCUUUGAAUCCACGACUGGUUGUACCGAGGGCUACUCUGACUACGAUUUCAAUCGGUUUCUGCACUGCAUUUGCAUAUACGAUAGCUAUGCUCUACAGCAUCUCUGAUUUUGAGGCCAUCCUUAGCCUCGAAGGCUAUUUCCCGUUUGAAAUGAGUAGACAAGCCUAUAGAUCCGACAAGAUAGCUGCAGGACUUCAGCUAGGAGGCAUCUUCAUGGCGUUCUUCGUUUUUAAUGCUGUUAUGCAAACAUCAUCGAGGAUAACAUGGUCACUCGCCAGAGACAAUGCUAUUUUUAAAUCUCGCAUACUGGCAGCUAUACACCCAUCUCUAGGUAUACCUCUAUGGUCUACUGUUGCCUCGUGGUUCAUGAUUUCCCUUGGUGGUUGUGUAUUCUUAGCGUCGUCUACUGCUUUCAGUGCUCUCCUAGCUUCCUGUGUCAUACUCCAGCAGCUGUCGUUUGCGAUCCCUUGCGCUCUCAUCUUAUAUCAGCGUCGUUCAGAAGUCUAUCUCCCCAAGAAUCGCUCUUUCAGGCUUGCUCAUUGGCUUGGUUGGUUCAUAAAUGGAUAUGUCGUCGUGGUGACGCUCGUUUUGACCAUAUUUUUCGUGUUGCCCCCGUAUUUGCCCACAACUGCGUCAAAUAUGAACUACAGCGCAGCGAUUCUCGCCGUUGUUGCAGGAAUCGCUACAGUUAACUGGUAUCUAUAUGCCCGCCGACACUAUCAAGGGCCGCGUAUACAGUUUCAAGACUAG